AUGUCAGAUAAACCAUGGCCAUUGGAGUCUGAUGAAGAUGUAGCAGGAGAGAAGACAAAAAAUAACUUGGAAAGGCACAUACGAGCAGCAGGUGCAGUUGGUGACAGUCUUCCUUUCAGUUAUGAAAUAGAUGUUGAAAUAGCCAUUCCACCGGAUAAAGUUCAGAGUCUGAUAACAUUCUUCAGAAAUAAGCCACUUGUGUUAUCGGUAAUGAACAGCUCAACAGUGGUGGGAAAUGUUACAUCUGCAGCUGUUUCGACAGUGUGCACUGACAGUGAAUGUACCUGUGAGGAUGGCUAUCUCUGGGAUCCGACAGUCUGCAGUUCUCCGGCGUGCCACAGUGUACCUGUAAAUUCAAGUUGUAACUGUAUCAAUAUAACUUCAACAAAGAGCACCUGUGAGCCUAAAGUUCCAGCUACAUCUCUUCCUACCACUACUGCUUCACCCACUACAAGCAUCUCAACAGAAAUAAAUCCUGUGACACUUUGUAAAGAAGGUGACUUUAGUGUCAUUCCCUGUGAGGACGAUAUAACAAAAGAAAAAAAAGUUCAGUGCACAAAUGGAUCCUGGAUAAUACUAACAAAUGACUGUGCAGCCAAAGAAAUACUUCAGUUAAUUGAUAUGCUUCAAUCAAACAAUCUGAGUGUUACUGCUGCGAUGGAGACGCUCGUAAAUGUAACUUUUAGUGACAAGACCAAUGUAACAACAGCUGCAAAUAUUGGUGCUAUAGUUAAAGUAUUUGAUCUACUUACUAAAACUUCUGUGAAAAAUGUCAGUGAACCAACAAUGAAGAAUUUUGUGAAAGUGACCGAUGUAAUUGUUAGCAAUGAGUCACUGAGCAGCUGGACUAGCCUUAGCCACACAAAUACAAGUUCUGUUUUACUGCAGUCUGUCGAAAAGUUCACCAGGCUGCUUUCAACAAAUAAUGAAACCAUUGAAAUUGCAAAUAAAAACAUUGAACUUCGAGGAAUAAGAUUGUCUCCUCAAAACAGUAAUGCAAAUUUCAGUAGCAACUUCCUGAAUGUCCGAAGCAGUGUAUUUAUUCCCUCUGAUCAGAUUAAACACCUACCGAUGGAUUCACUUGUUCUGUCCAUUGGGUAUCCUACUCUUUCAAGUAUCUUGCCAAAGAAUUUUGGACAAAGUGAUAAAAACCUGUCCAUCAACGGGAUUGUUAUAUUAGUCACAGUAAAUGGGAGUAUAAACAAUGUAACACUGACAUUCCAAAAGACAGAUACAUCAUUAAAGGCAAGUCAGUGUGUGUUUUGGGAUUUUAAUACACACAGUUGGAAUAACGCUUGCAUUCAGUAUGAUAGUAAAGACGUUGUUACAUGUGUUUGUGACCAUCUAACUUCAUUUUCAGUUCUGAUGUCACGAAAUACCAUAUCUUUUAAAUGGUUGGACUGGAUUACAUAUAUUGGCGCUGGAGUAUCCAUCGCAAGUUUAGUAAUCUGCCUCAUCAUUGAAGGAAUCGUGUGGACAUUUGUAAUAAAAAAUAAAACCUCUUACAUGAAGCAUGUUUCUAUAGUAAAUAUAGCAGUUUCACUCCUGAUCGCAGACAUUUGGUUCAUAAUAGGUGCUUCUCUGGCUGAAAAUACAAACAUCCCUAUGGAGAAACUAGCUGCUUGCAAAACUGCAACAUUCUUUAUUCAGUAUUUUUACCUUUGUCUGUUUUUCUGGAUGCUGGUCUUGGGCAUGAUGCUAUUCUACCGUGUGGUGCUUGUUUUCCACGAUAUGAGCAGAACUACAUUAAGGGUGAUUGCAUUUUUGUUGGGAUAUGGAUGCCCACUGCUCAUUACAAUCAUUACUAUUGCAGUUACUGAACCAAACAGAACAUAUGUAAGAGAUGAUGCCUGUUGGCUAAACUGGAAUGAAAGUAAAGCACUUCUUGCUUUUGUUAUUCCAGCACUAUGUAUCAUUGCUGUCAACUUUGUGAUCCUGCUGGUUGUGAUUGCUCAAAUUCUAUGUUCUUCUAGUGGAAACAGGCACAGGGCAGAUGAGAAAAGUGCACUGAUUAAAGUUGGGAGAAUUGUUGCUACUUUAACCCCACUUUUAGCCUCAGGACUCACUUGGGGAUUUGGAUUAGGGACCAUUAUUGACAGUCAGUCCGUUGCUCUUCAUGUCAUCUUUACUUUACUAAAUGCAUUUCAGGUAAGCAGUUUGAAUUUAACUAGUAUAAAAUAUUUAAUAACUGCACUUUGGGUUAGAAAAUGA